UGGCUUUGACUAAAAACAACAUGAUUAUAUAUUAAAAAAAAACAAAAAAAACAAUGAAAAUGCUUAAAAAAUAGAUCAUAAGAUGAUUGGACCAGGAUUUUAAAAAUGUGAAAGUUACAGAAUUACAAGCCUUUGUGGAGGAGUUUUAAACCUUGUUGUCUCUUGUUCUGCAGAGCCUGAGCAUGAGCUCUUCCUGGUUUACGGCAAAGGCCGUCCUGGCGUAAUAAGAGGCAUGGAUAUGAAUGCCAAAGUCCCGGAUGAGUACAUGAUCCCAAUCGAGAACUUGAUGAACCCCAGAGCUCUGGACUUCCACGCUGAAAGCGAGUUCAUUUACUUCGCCGACGCCACCAGCUACAUCAUUGGCCGACAGAGAAUAGAUGGAACCGAGCGGGACAUCAUCAUGAAGGAAGGGAUCCACACUGUGGAGGGGAUUGCUGUGGACUGGAUGGCUGACAACUUGUACUGGACGGAUGAUGGACCCAAGAAAACCAUCAGUGUGGCUCGGCUGGAAAAAGCGUCACAGACUCGGAAAACUCUCAUCGAAGGCAAAAUGACUCACCCUCGCGCCAUUGUGGUGGAUCCACUUCAUGGGUAAGGGCGGAUGAAAGGAG